AUGUCUCUCCGACUUCCCAGUGGCUCCAGGCGGGCCUGUCCCCGUCCCACCACGGGAUCGCUCCGGCUCUCGGCUGGGGGAUCCGGCUUCGGGGCUGGAAAUGCUUGCAGCUUGCCUGGAAUUGGAAGUGGCUUUGGAAGUAGCUUCUCCUGUGCCUUCGGGGGCAGCACGCUGGGAGGAAAUGCAGGCGGGAGCAAUUCCUGUGCCAGCUUUGCUGUGAAUGAGGGGGGUCUUCUCUCCGGGAAUGAGAAGGUGACCAUGCAGAACCUCAACGACCGCCUGGCCUCCUACCUGGACAACGUGCGCGCCCUGGAGGAGGCCAACGCCGACCUGGAGCAGAAGAUCAAGGGCUGGUAUGAGAAGUUUGGGCCUGGCUCUUGCCGCGGUCUGGAUCACGAUUACAGCAGAUACUUCCCUAUCAUUGAUGAUCUCAAAAGUCAGAUCAUCGCUUCCACCACCAGCAAUGCUAGUGCCGUGCUACAGAUCGAUAAUGCCAGGCUGACAGCCGAUGACUUCAGACUCAAGUAUGAAAACGAGCUGGCUCUGCACCAGAGCGUGGAGAGUGACGUGAAUGGGCUGCGCAGAGUCCUGGACGAAAUCACCCUGUGCAGGACCGACCUAGAGAUUCAGUACGAAACCCUGAGCGAGGAGAUGACGUACCUCAAGAAGAACCAUAAAGAGGAAAUGCAAGUUCUGCAGUGCGCGGCCGGGGGCAACGUGAAUGUGGAGAUGAACGCGGCGCCCGGGGUGGACCUCACGGUGCUGCUGAACAACAUGCGGGCCGAGUACGAAGCACUUGCGGAGCAGAACCGCCGGGAUGCGGAGGCCUGGUUCAACGAGAAGAGCGCCUCGCUGCAACAGCAGAUCUCUGAGGAUGUGGGCGCCACAACCUCCGCCCGGAAUGAGCUGACUGAGAUGAAGCGCAAUCUGCAAACACUGGAAAUCGAGCUUCAGUCUCUCUUAGCCACGAAACAGUCCCUGGAGUGCUCCCUGACAGAGACAGAAAGCAACUACUGUGCACAGCUGGCCCAGAUCCAGGCUCAGAUCGGGGCCCUGGAGGAGCAGCUGCACCAGGUCAGAACUGAGACCGAGGGCCAGAAACUCGAGUAUGAGCAGCUCCUGGACAUCAAGGUCCUCCUGGAAAAAGAGAUUGAGACCUACUGCCUCCUCAUAGGCGGAGAUGAUGGGGCUUGCAAGUCUGGAGGUUACAAGUCUAAAGAAUAUGGGUCUGGAAACAUGGGAAGUCAAGUCAAAGAUCCAGCCAAAGCCAUCGUGGUUAAGAAAGUUUUGGAGGAAGUAGACCAACGCAGUAAAAUACUGAGCACCAGGCUCCACUCCCUGGAAGAGAAGUCUCAAAGCAAUUAA